AUGCAGUCAACCAGAAAUGGACUAAUUACUCUACCGACAGAAGAUAAUAUCAGAGAAACGAUGGGAGAGGCAAUGGAUACGAAUGGUGAUGCACCAUAUGUUCGAUUGGUAAGUUUAUUGGCGGAGUAUGAUAGUCUUUUGGAACAAUUACAAAGCUCCAUGUCCGAUGGGUUCCAUAAUUUAAGUAGAGCCAACUAUUUCAAUAAGGAUUCAUUGCGUGGAUCGUAUGGGGUGGAUUAUUGGGACGAAUCGUACAUUGGAGAACUCACAGUCGAGAUUACUGGAAGUACAAGACCAGAAGUUGACAUUAUUCGAAAGAAGCCGAUAUUGAAAACGGAUGAUGAUGGUGAUGAUGGGUCUCUAGAGGAGAAACCAGAUGCCACCGAUUCUACCAUCAAGAAGAGGAAAGGUAAGAAUAAGGAAGAGAAGCAACGAUCGACACAGAAGAAGAAAAAUACUGUAUACAGAGACCCAAUCACCAUGUUUGGUGGUGGGUUAAUGAUUCCGUCUAGUCUAAGACAAUGCCAGUCCAACUUUAAAGGUUGUAUUCCUCUGUUCACACAAUUGAUCAACUGUAAGAUAAGGUUGAAUGAAUUGCUGGAAGAAAUAAAAGAUUGA